AUGGAUUUAGAAGAAAUUGAUAUUGGUAUAAAUCGAGUGGAUAUUAAAGAUGAAAAAAUAUAUUACGUUAUUUUGGUUAAAUACAAAGAUUUAAAAUAUGAAACAAAUAAAAGAUAUAGUGAAUUUGAAGAAUUACAUUGUGAAUUAUUACACUUUGGUUUUUCAGCUUUACCAAAUUUACCAAAAAAAAAAUUAUUGUCUUAUAAAAAUAGUGAUUAUAUAAAUUAUAGAAAAAGAGUUUUGAAUUCUUAUAUACAGAAUUUAUUUAUUAGACCAGAUGUAAGAUGCUGUGCUAUAUUUUUGAAUUUUCUUAUGUUUUAUGAUAAAAUAAAUUUAUCUAUUGAAGUUGUAAAAACGAAAUUAUUAAAUAGUAUAGGUUCACAAAAAUUUUCAUUGUGUGAUUUAUAUAUUAAUGAAAAGUAUAAUUUUAUAAUUUGCAUUUAUGAGGAUAAAAGUAAUUUAAGUAGAUUAGGAAAAUUAUGGUCAAUAAUUGAACCUGAUAUAGUAGGUGAAAUUAAAAUUUUUUCAUAUAAUAAUGAUCUUACUUCUAUGUUUGUUGAAAAAUAUAAAGAACAAACUAUUUAUAAAGCAAGAAAUAUUAUUUGCGUAGAAAAAAAAAAUGAAGUUAUUAUUUCAGGUGACGAUGGAAAAAUUCAUAUAUAUAAGAUAGAUACAGAACUUCUUACCUUAACAUAUAUAAAAAGUAUUCCUUGUCAUAAUGAUUCAAUAUUAAAAAUGAUGCAAUUAAAUGAUAAUUUUUUUUGCACAUGUGGUUAUGAUAAUGCUUUCAGAUUAUAUUAUUUAGAUAAUUACAAAAUUAUUAGUGGGGGUAGGUGCAAUAAAAGGUUAGAUAAAGAUAAAAUAACUACAUGCCAUUUAUUAGAAUAUAACAAUAUUGUUAUUGGUACUGAUUGCUCAUUAUUUUUUAUAUAUAAUAUGAGUAGUAACCCCCCUAUAUAUUUAGAUACAAAAAAACUAAAAAAUGGAGAAAAAAUAAAUUGCUUUGCAAAUACAGAUAAAUAUUUAUUUAUAGGUUAUGAUAAUGUUAUUGCCUGCUAUAAUUAUCGUUAUAUUAACGAUAGCAAAAAUGCAAAAGAUAAUCAUAUAAAGAAUGAAUUACUAAUAAAAGGUAAAAAUGAUAUAAAAAAUGUUUCAUCGGCAAAUGGUGAGAAUAAUAACACUGAUUAUAAUAAAAGUUAUGACUAUAAUAACCACUCAUAUAAAUAUAAUUUGAACAAUUAUAAUAUAUCAAAUGAAAGCAUAGCUACUACUACUGCUACUGCCAAUAAUAACGAUAAAAGCGAACAUAAAAAAUAUAUAACAAAAUUAGUUAUUGACAAUAAUAUUUCGGCACAGUAUAUCCCACCUUUAGUUUAUGAUAAUAAUGUCUUAUCUUUAUGUAUUAAUAAAAAUAAAAAAGUUUUAUAUGCAGGUUAUGAAGAUGCUAUUAUCAUAUGGUCUAUAACUAGCGGUUUAAUCAUUUCUUCCUUUCAUGGUCAUACAAAUGGUGUCCAUUUUUUAAAAUUUUUGAACGAUUCAGAAUUUUUAUUAUCAGGUGGAAAUGGAGGAAAUUUAAAAAUAUGGAAAAGUGAUAUAGAUAAUUUUAAAAUAUGGAAACCUAAGAGAAAUUACAAAAAAAAUGACUUAAAGUUAACCAAUAAAGAUGGGUAUAAAUAUAAUGUUACUGAUCAGGAUAAUUUUAAUUUUAAUGAAAGUGAUAAUAGUUAUCAUGGGUAUAAAAGCAGUGCAAAUAGUGAAACUAUAUCUCUGGACAAUAUAUUAGAUCAAACUGACAAAAAAAAUAAUUGCGAAAUUUUCGAUACCUCUAAUUAUAAGAAAAAUCUAAUUAAUAAUAAUGAAUCAAUUAAUGUAAGCAGUUUAAAUUCAAGAUAUAAUAUUUUUUAUGAUAAAAAUCAAGAUACACCAAAUUAUCUUACAUCAGAUAUGAGUAAUUUAGAUGUCUGCGUUAUUAAUAAUAAAAAUGAUAUAAAAAAAAGUAAUAAUUGCGAUUAUAAUUUAAAUGAUAAUUAUGAUAAAAAAGGCAAUUUUGAUGGAAAUAUGUACUAUGGUUAUGAUUCAAAUCAGAACAUUUCCUGUGAAAGUAUAUCAAAUAGGAAUGUAGAAUGCGAUUAUAAAACGAAUUUGAAUAUAGAUAAUUUUAACAAUAUUCACCAAAAUAAUUACGACAAUAAUAUUAAUAAAAAUUUUAUAUAUAAAGAAAAUAUUUUUCGAGAUAUCGUUUAUAAAACAGAACCUCAUUACAUGAAUCGUAAUUAUGCACCUAUUGAAGAGUCAUGUAAUAAUAAAAAUACAGAUAAGAUAGAUUAUAUUAACAUUAAUGAUAUUAAUGAAAAUGAUAAUUCUAAUAAUUUAAAAAAGAAUAUUGUUUGUAUUAGUGAUGAAGAUGAUGAUUUGGUUUCAGCUUUUACUUAA